CGCAUUUAGUGGAUUGACCAAGAAGGCAACAACCCCAACUGCCUUUCCACCCUUGAGCCCCAAAUCGAAACCGAAACCCAAAAUAAAACAACAAACACAAUUUUCUCCCUUUCUCACUAGUCACUACUACACACGAAUGAAGAACAAGUGAUUUCAACCUAACUUUUUUCCUUCAAUUUCUGCCUCUAAUUACAAACCUACCACAAACCCUUCACAAUGACCACUAAAUCCCCAAUUUUUCCCAUGCCAGACCCCCAGCACUUUAGUGACUACGGCUUCGACCCUCAACUCAACUAUUUUCAGGUAUUGGAAGAAGCCAUGAAGCACAAGAGGCACCCAGAAAGAUCCAUAGACUCCAUACGCUUCAAGCUUCACAAGCCUGACAUUCCAAACGAACUCCAUUCCAUUUCUACCACGAAGAAGCCAUGGUGGAAGAACUUGUUCAAAUGGAAGUGGACCCACCGUCACCGUCACCGUCACCACCAAGGCCUUCAGCAGCAACCUCAUCAACCUUCCAGGGCCUCCAUCUCUGGCCCCGUCUACUUCACCCACACCAGAACCGGACCCACCACCUCCCCCUACCGAACCACCGCACGUCCAUGUUCUGGUCCACUCGCCGGCGCCGGAACCUUGACGCCGACGGCCAAGGGUGUGGGUCACGUUGGUGUACCCUAUCCGGGUCUCAGGGAGCUUAACAUGGAGCAGCAGAGGAUGUCUACCUCUGCCUUGCCAGUUUACUUGGUCACUUGAAUAAACAUGGCAAAGUUUGGAUUUUUAAUUUGUCGUGAAUGUCUUUUUUUCUUUUUUUGGUUAUCUGAAUUAUCUAUCACUAUUUCCUUUUUCUCUUGGGAACUUGAAAAAGGGAUCAUGCGUGCGGUUUAAAGCCAGAAAUGUUUAGGUGUCUUUCUUUGCAAUAAUAAGAGAAAUUUCUUCUUGUGUUGUUUGAA